AUGAGACCGCCGAAGAUCAACGACCAGCCCACUAUAGUCAACUUCCACGUCACCGUCAUGGGUUUGGAUUCUAUUGAUGAAAACUCCAUGGUGAGUGAAGAUAAACAAAAUAUCUUACACUAGUAGUUUAUAUAAUUUACGCGGACGGAGAAACAGCGUAUAAUGUGGCUUCUUGUAAGAGAAUGAAUUUUUAAAAUCGGUCCGGUAGUUUCGGAACCUAUUCGAUGCAAAACGGCAAUGUAGGUAUGUUUCAUUUUAUGUAUGUUCACCAAUUUUUCCGCCAAAUGGGGAAGUAUUUAAAAAAAAAACAUUAGUUCCCAAAAUCAGACUAGGCUGUGCUCCCGAAAUCAACUGUGGCUACGAUAUUUUCUUAAUUUUUUCUAUAACAACCCUUUGGUUUUCUUUCAUGUAUAAAAGUAAAUUAAUUAUCAAAACUCAUAAACAACUCAUUUGUACUUUUUCGUAUUUGUAUUAAUAUCUAUGUUUCAAACUUUGCAUAUAUCAGUUUUAUUGUAUGUUAGUUAAAAGGAACGGAAAUGACUAUCUUUAGUCCAUUCGUUUCUUGCAAAAAUCAAUUUUUGUUAGAGUCGCUAACAAAACAAAAUAUGCUUUUUAUCAGAUAAUAAUAAAUAUUUUGAUGACAUAUUCAUAUCAGCAAAAAAAAUUCGAAAGGAAGAUACGACAAAUUUCUAUUUAAGUAGGUAUGUUCAUCGAUUUCUUCUUGAAAUAGCUGUGUCCUCCCAAAAUCGCCCGUGUAAAAUUAUAACCUAUGUCCCCCGCGUAUUAUGUAUCUUCUAAUAGGCGAAAUAAUUUUAUAGUCGGUCCAAUAAACUUUCGGAUCCUUUACAAUGCAAACAAUCAAAUCUUUCUUGUCAUAUGAAUAUAGAUUAAAAAAUUAUGUCAAGCAAAUAAACAAAAUCUCCUUUCCUAAGAUUGUCACUAUGAUGCAAAUUUAAUAUUUUAGUGUUACAUGUCGUAAUUUAAAAAUAUUAAUAUCAUUAAAAAGCAUGAAAUAAAAACUUUUUUCAGAAAAUAGAACUAACUUCAAACCUUAAUAAAAUGAUGUAUAAUUAGUUAAUAUGAAUAAAAACAUAACUAAUCUCUUGUUGACAGACCUACGCUGCUGAUAUAUUUUUUGCGCAAACUUGGAAAGAUUUUCGUCUACGUCUACCGGAAAACAUGACGUCAGAGUACAGACUGCUUGAAGUGGACUGGCUCAAGCACAUGUGGCGUCCAGACUCCUUCUUUAAGAACGCCAAGUCUGUCACCUUUCAGACGAUGACGAUACCCAAUCAUUACGUUUGGCUGUACAAGGACAAGACGAUACUCUAUAUGGUGAAACUCACCCUGAAGCUGUCUUGUGCUAUGAACUUCCUCAUCUAUCCUCAUGAUACACAGGAGUGUAAGCUGCAAAUGGAGAGUUUGUCUCACACGACAGACGACCUCAUCUUCCAGUGGGACCCUGAUGUGCCACUGGUGGUGGACGAGAAUAUAGAAUUGCCUCAACUCGAAUUGGUGCAGAAUCGAACUGCAGACUGCACGCAGGUUUAUUCAACAGGUAACUUCACGUGCUUAGAAGUCAUAUUCAAGCUAAAACGUCGGCUGGGCUAUCAUCUGUUCAACACCUAUAUACCGACAUGUCUCAUCGUCAUUAUGUCCUGGGUCUCGUUCUGGAUCAAGCCGGACGCGGCGCCGGCGCGGGUUACGUUAGGCGUGACGUCACUGCUGACGCUGUCUACGCAGCACGCCAAGUCGCAAGCGCAGCUACCACCGGUCUCAUAUCUGAAAGCCGUUGACGCUUUCAUGUCAGUCUGCACCGUAUUUGUGUUCAUGGCUUUAAUGGAGUACUGUCUUGUGAAUAUUGUUCUUGGGGAUGGAGCGGGUAAACCUAAGGACGCAGCCGAGGCGGCAAAGGCUCGUACACGCGCCAUCAACAUCGACAGGUUCUCCAGAGUAUUCUUCCCUCUACUUUUCUCUGUACUCAAUGCGACCUACUGGAUUCAGUUCGCGCAGUACAUCUGA